AUACCAACUUUUCCGCCAGCUGAAUACAUAUUUUAUACAAAAAAAAAUCCCUUUUCGGACAUAGACAUCAAAACAUCAACGAGUCUACGUAUACCCACUCAUCAGCAUCUCAUCAUGAAAGGCUUUUAACUUUUUAAUUAAAAUAACAAAAAAAAAACAAGGAUUAUAAUCCUUACAUGAGAGAACCACAAAAUUCCCAAUUAGAAAACUUUCGCCCGCGCCUACUGUAACGACUCCAGCCAAGCUAAAUCCACAGCAACAGCGCAUCAUACCAACCGCAUCAUCUAUUCACCAGACCGUAACGAGGGAGAUUUCCAUUCACGCAAAGUGCGCUUUUCGCAGUCCCGAAGUGAACAACAGUAAGCAUAGAAUCCAUUCUUUUUCAUUGCCUCACCGCACACACACACACACCCACACCUACAGCUGGUGAGGUAUGGGUGCACAGGUGCAAAGAAUGUCGUCCCUUCUGCGUGCUGUUCUGCGCAAUCCCUAUUUCCGCUUUCCUUCGUAACGUAUCGCGGCAAGGUGAGCAUCCGUCCUCAAUUAUGAAACAAGGACGAACAGAGCAAAACGAUUUAUGAACCGUCGGUGUCCGGAAGGAAGUAGCGAAAACCCUCUCUUUCUUUGUGUUGGUCUACUCGGUUCCCCCUCUUGCCAUUUACCAUUUCCGUUUUUCCACUGGGAGGGAAAAUACUGUGAUGUUUAUUUUGACUCAUCGUUUCCAAUUCCUACAUCCCUUUUGCUUCUUGUAGCCACAAGGGACAAGGGAAGGGUACUGGCGUCAGAGCAAACGCGUAAUUCAGAAAUCAAUAAAAACAUACACCACCAACAUCUACUCCCUGCCCGGUCCAACAUUCCGGAUUGUGUGGCAUGUGCGCAAGGACGCGUGCGCGAAUUUACCACACUCAUACACUAACACACCCGAACCACGGUAUCCUCACCGUGGACUAAAAUUUGGUCCCCGCGCAUUAACACAACUACGCACAAACAAAAAACCUCUGUGUGGAACUGGACGAAUUCCAGUAGUUCUCGAACGAAACGCGUACAACAGGAAGCAUCUUUUCUUGUGUAAAUCCAAUCGAUUAAAGUGGUACAGAAAGAAGGGGCAAAGUGUCGUUGGGAGUACAGCACAUCAUGAGUUGCCUCGGGGAUUGCCUUGAGUUGGGGCCACCGCCCGAUAUGAUACUGUCGAUGCCACCGCCACCGUUGUCAUCGUUUCUGUUGCCCCGGAAUGCACUGGUGGCCACCAAACCGAACGGCAACAGUAACAACAGUCUGCUGUGCAGUGCAGCCUUCAUCUGUGAACCGUCCCUGAAGGCGAACGAACAGUCCGGGAUGGAGUUUGUCGAGCUGCCCGGAAAUGGAAUGGACGAUACUUGGGUGCUGGUGUUGAUCUCAUCCUGUGUCGGAGUUCUUCUGCUUGGGGCUCUUUUAGCAAUGGUGGUGCUCAAAUGUCGCGAUCGGUUCUGUUUCCGUUGCAGUUCGUUUAGCUAUUCGUAUCACGAUAGCAACUUGAAGCAACCGCCACUGCAUGCUCUCGGACACGAACCAACCACCGCGAAGGCGGCAGUAUUUAUGCCGGGUGGUACGAUUCUCUAUCCGACCAACCACUUGCACCAUCAGCAACCACCGCAUCCGGACAAUCGUACACUGUGGGCCGCACUGACACCGCACGGCACGCAGCAUUUCAUCACGGAAUCGUACGGUGGCAAUCCUGAGGAUCACUACGAAGUGAUUGACUAUGGGCGUAAGCAUGAGCAGUACAUCCCCUCCGCACACGGUACAAUUGUAAAGAGCAAGAACUCGUUCGAAAACUCCGGAUUUGUAGACUACGAUUACGAGGAUCCGACACCGCUGAUGGAAUCGUACGCACACUUCGACGAUAUGGAUUCGGGUUAUCAGGAACCGCAGGAAGUGCUGGGAUCGCUGAACCGUGCCGCCACAGCUAGCCGUACCGCCACACUCAUAUCGUCACCGACACACAUCGAGAACCCAAAUAUGGCACCGCUCAAUCUGUAUCCCACUAUGCUAAGCUCGACGAUGGGUCGCAAGAUGUACGGUACUUCUGGCCCGGCUGGUGGAUCCUUGUCGCGACGAAUCAGCGACAUUAAGAACUGAGCCGUGUGAAGAUGUAGCAGGAAUUGACCAUCGUGGACAAGAUGGUGGCUGAGUGAGAAUGGAACUGAACGCAUUCCUAACUGACGACAUCCUUCCUAUAUAGUACUUGUGGAGGAGACCUGAAAACCACUCCACUAUCACUUCUUUCGUGUGGUGCUGCAACAACUGUUGGAGGCGCACGAUCGAAUUGAUGUGGCGAGAAGAAUGUUCCUCUAAGAUGGUAGAACAGUGAAAUGAUUUAUAACUACACAGCACGAAACACAAUCUAUGGCGUGGAGGAAGAAACGCAUCUUCAUUUACGUACCAGACCGCUUAACAACGUAUUACCACACAUCUAACUAUAAUAAUUACCAUUAACGCAUACACACAAUGCAAACGCUACACGUUAAAAGAACUCUCUUCCCUUUUUUCCCCCUGCCAUCACCGUACCAUUUAUCAUCAUCAGGCACUGCAAAACGACUAAUGGACAAAACUGUGUCCAGUGGAUAGCGAUACUUUUGCUUACCGGCUGCAGUGCAGAAAGUGAAAUGAGUAGAAAUUUAGCAUUCGCAUUAUCAGGGCGCAGCGAGCAGAGGAAGUAGACGUCCAGUCCAGUGAUGCGCGACGUACAUUUGGUGGGAAUUUUAAAAAGCAAGACAACAAUAAAUAUACUACUCUAGAUCAUA